AUAUCUUCUACGUACAAAUCAACUCGUCCGCCUGCGUCCGUCUAUACAGAAAUCCUCUUACACUUAAUUAAUCUUCUCCAUAGAAAAUUUGAGAGGAAUAAUGUCUCAAUCACUUUCCAAUCUCAAAAGUUUCUCUCGAUCUAUCAACAACACAAUCAUAAUGAGAAGAUACAUUGUGAUCACAAAAGCCUCUCAAAGGGGAUAUACAAUUGGAAGUAGUCGAGAGAAGCCAUCGUGGACAUCAGACCCUGAUACCGGAUACUUUAAACCUGAGACCGCUGCGAAAGAGUUAGAUCCAUACAUUGCAAAAACUUCUCAAAUUCAAGGUAAAAUGAUGAGAGGAGAAGAGUUAUGGUGGAUGCCUGAUCCUCACACCGGAUACUAUAGACCCGACAAUUUUAUCAGAGAGCUUGACGCAGUUGAGCUACGGUCUUUGCACCUCAAUAAGAAUCACAAGACAUAGUGAUCAGCCAAAUGAUCCCUACCUACAUGCAUGUGUGGUUUUUGAAAUUCUGGUACAUAUCGAUUUGACGUGUGAAAUAAUCAUAUAAAGUUUUUGCAAAUUAUUGUUUGCUAUUCACUGCUUCUUCUUUUCCAACGCGAGACGCAUCAUUUGUUUAGUCGUAUUGACUUUUUCUAGCAACGUACGUGUUCAAGAUUGCUUGAUUAUUGUUUAUAAAUGUUGGGUUUUUAU